CAGUUUUGUUUUCAGUCUGCAGGCCGCGGCAUCGGCAACAAGCAUGGCUGUGCAGAGUAGGGCACUGGCAGCGGUACUCCUAGGUGCGGUGGCCCUGUGGGGUCGCCAAGCCUUUGUGGCCAUGGAGAAAGCCACGGUGGCUGUCGCGCCGAGCCUCCGCUCAUCUGCCUCCUCCUCUGCGCCUGAGCAGACAAACACCGGCUUUGCCUCAGCUGCAGCAGUUGCCGGCGUGUGCAUGGUUGCAGCUGCUGGGCUGCGGGCCCAGAGGCGCAUCUCCGGUGUCCCGCGGCAGUUCUUUGGUGGAGGACGAGAUCCCUCCCCCGAAGAUGUGACGACCAAGGAAAAGCUUUGGAACCAAUGUGGGCGAGGGCCAAAAUGGCAUGACUCCAGCCACAAGAGAGACCAGGUCUAUUUCGACAUUGUAAUUGGUGGUGAGCCUGCUGGCCGCAUUGUUUUCGGGCUGUACGGCAACGUUGUGCCGAAGACAACCGAGAACUUCCGUCAGCUUUGCCUGAAAGGUCCUGGCGAGGGAUAUGGAGGCUGCCCAUUCCACCGAGUUAUCCCUGGUUUCAUGUGCCAGGGCGGCGACUUCACGAACAUGAAUGGAACUGGUGGCCGAAGCAUCUAUGGCAACAAGUUCGAAGAUGAGAACUUCGAGCUGAACCACACAAAGCCAGGACUUCUCAGCAUGGCCAACGCUGGCCCCAACACCAACGGCUCUCAGUUCUUCAUUACCACGGCCCCCACCGACUGGCUCAAUGGCAAGCAUGUGGUGUUUGGAGAGGUGAUGGAAGGAUUGGAUGUGGUGAGAAAGAUGGAGUCCGUGGGUAGCCAGUCUGGGCGGACACGUGCACCAGUGGCCAUCGCUGAGUCGGGUGAACUCUGAAUUUUCAAGCCGGACUGACGGCUUUGGCAUGGAACCGCAUGAGUUGCUUUUGAAAUGCACUCAGCAAUCCGUAAACUCCUAGCUCGCUUGUGGACGCGCACGUUUGCGAGUGCAGAGGAUUAUCAGCUUCGUUAGAUUGCAAAAUAUGUUGGAAUGGAAACA